AGGCAGCAUCAGAAUUACAACAACAGACUAUGGACUUCAGCAUGAGACACUGGUGAUGCAGUGGCAGUAUCUUCAAGAGGCCUAGCUUGGAUGCUGUAUCUGCAGCACAUCUUCAAUCAUGGUUGUUUCAGGACCGAAGGCUGUUCUACUGUCAUUCCCAAGCCUUUUCCUUCUCACAUUUCACCUCUCUGCAGCACACACGAUUCUUGAUUACGCUGAAGACGAGAAGCAGUGUUCAAGAAGAGAGCACCCUGUGAUUUAUUUCGAAGAUCUGAAGCCUUGGGUUUCAAAUUUUACAUACUCUGGUGUACGAGACUUCUCUCAGCUUGCUCUCGAUGCCAAUAGGAAUCAACUCAUUGUUGGAGCCAGGAACUACCUCUUCAGACUUAGUCUACACAACGUUUCUCUUAUUCAGGCAACAGAAUGGGGUUCAGAUGAAGAUACCAGGAGGUCUUGUCAAAGUAAAGGAAAAACUGAGGAAGAAUGCCAGAACUAUGUUCGUGUUCUUAUUGUUUAUGGCAAGAAGGUUUUCACUUGUGGCACAAAUGCUUUCUCACCAGUAUGUUCCAGCAGACAGGUAGGAAAUCUUAGCAAAAUAAUUGAAAAAAUAAAUGGGGUAGCUCGCUGCCCUUACGACCCCCGGCACAACUCGACAGCUGUGAUCACAUCCCAGGGAGAACUGUAUGCUGCAACUGUCAUUGAUUUUUCUGGACGGGAUCCAGCCAUUUACCGCAGCCUUGGAAACAUCCCACCUCUUAGAACAGCACAGUACAACUCUAAAUGGCUUAACGAGCCCAACUUCAUUGCUGCCUAUGACAUUGGUUUGUUCACUUACUUCUUUUUCCGUGAGAACGCUGUAGAGCAUGACUGUGGAAAAACAGUCUAUUCUCGUGUGGCCAGAGUUUGUAAAAAUGACAUUGGGGGGAGAUUUUUGUUGGAAGAUACGUGGACGACUUUCAUGAAAGCUCGGCUGAACUGUUCCCGCUCUGGAGAGAUCCCUUUUUACUACAAUGAACUGCAAAGCACAUUUUAUCUUCCUGAACAAGAUUUGAUCUAUGGAGUAUUCACAACCAACGUAAACAGUAUUGCUGCUUCAGCAGUGUGUGCCUUCAAUCUCAGUGCUAUUACGCAAGCCUUUAAUGGACCUUUCCGAUACCAGGAAAAUCCAAGAUCUGCAUGGCUGCCAACAAUCAACCCUAUUCCAAACUUUCAGUGUGGAAUAUUGAAUGACGAUAGCCCCAAUGAAAAUCUGACAGAAAGGAUCCUGCAGGAUGCUCAGCGCUUGUUCCUAAUGAAUGAUGUGGUACAACCAGUCUCUGUGGAUCCAUACGUUACUCAGGACAACAUCCGUUUUUCUAAACUGGUGGUUGACAUUGUUCAGGGCAAGGAUACUCUUUAUCAUGUGAUGUACAUUGGGACAGAACAUGGCACCAUUCUGAAGGCACUUUCUACUACUAAUAAGAGCCUGAGGAGUUGUUAUUUAGAGGAAAUGCAGAUUCUUCCCGCCAGCCGAAAGGAGCCAAUCCAAAGUCUCCAAAUAUUGCACAGUGGCAGAUCGUUGUUUGUUGGUUUGAAUAACGGAGUGCUAAAGAUUCCUCUGGAGAGAUGCUCGAUGUACAGAGCAGAAGGGGAGUGCCUGGGCGCACGGGAUCCCUAUUGUGGCUGGGAUAAGAAGCAAAAGCGAUGCACAACCAUUGAGGACAGCUCCAAUAUGAGCCUCUGGACUCAAAAUAUUACUGAGUGUCCUGUGAAAAAUCUGAUGGUGCAUGGGCAGUUGGGGACUUGGUCUCCAUGGCAACCAUGUGAACACUCAGAUGGAGAUAGUACAGGUUCCUGCAUGUGCAGAUCACGGUCAUGUAACAACCCUCAGCCUCGGUGUGGUGGACGUGACUGUGAAGGAGCCAGGAUAGAGAUUGCAAAUUGCUCAAGGAAUGGAGCUUGGACCCCAUGGUCGUCCUGGGCCCCCUGCAGCACUUCCUGUGGGAUUGGCUUUCAGGUCCGUCAGAGGUCAUGCAGCAACCCUGCUCCGCGAUACGGAGGCAGGGUCUGUGUCGGACAAAGCAGAGAGGAGCGAUUCUGCAAUGAGAACAGUCCAUGCCCAUUACCAAUCUUCUGGUCUUCGUGGGGCCCUUGGAAUAAAUGUAGUGCAAACUGUGGUGGAGGAAUGCACUCCAGGCAGAGGUCCUGUGAAAAUGGAAACUCUUGUCCAGGCUGUGCUGUGGAAUACAAAACCUGCAGCCCAGAGGCCUGCCCAGAAGUGCGGAGAAGCACACCAUGGACACCUUGGACACCUACCAAUAUUACUCAAAGUGGGGCCCGCCAAGAGCAGCGCUUCCGUUACACCUGUCGUGCUCAGCUGGCUGACCCCCAUGACCUACAGUUUGGCAGAAAGAAGACAGAGAGUCGUUUUUGCCCCAAUGAUGGCUCUGCAGUUUGCGACACAGAUUCUCUAGUCGAUGACCUUCUGAAAAGUGGCAAGACUUCUAUCCGGAUUAUCAAUGGUGGCUGGUCCUUUUGGGGGGGAUGGUCAUCCUGCACCCGGGAUUGUGAACUGGGCUUCAGAACCAGGAAGCGAAUGUGCACCAAUCCAGAACCCAAGAACGGUGGUCUUCCUUGCAUAGGGUCUGCAAUGGAAUAUCAGGACUGUAACCCACAUCCUUGCCCAGUGAAGGGCUCAUGGUCCUGCUGGACUCCAUGGUCUCAGUGCUCAGCAACAUGUGGAGGUGGGCACUACCAGCGCACCCGGACCUGCACCAACCCGGCACCAACUAAUGGGGAGGAUAUCUGCAUUGGGCUACACACAGAGGAAGCACUGUGCAACACACACCCAUGUGAAGGAGGCUGGUCUGAAUGGUCUGAAUGGAGUUUAUGUAAUGAAGAUAGCAUCCAGUAUCGUAGCCGUUUCUGUGAAAUCCACAGCCCAGGAUCUGUUCAGUGUGCUGGGAAUAGCACACAGUACCAAGAAUGUCUGUACAAUGAGAUCCCUGUAAUCCUGCCAGCAUCAAGCAUUGAUGAGAGCACGAACUGUGGAGGUUUUAGCCUCAUCCACCUUAUUGCCACAGGAAUCUCCUGCUUCUUUGGCUCUAGCCUCUUAACCUUUGUGAUCUACGUUUACUGUCAACGGUGCCAGAGGCAAUCUCAGGAGUCAACUGUUAUCCAUCCCACUACUCCCAAUCAUCUUCAUUACAAAGGCAACACAACGCCCAAGAACGAAAAAUACACACCUAUGGAAUUCAAGACACUGAACAAGAACAAUUUAAUACCAGAUGACAGGACCAACUUCUAUCCUUUGCAACAAACAAAUGUGUACACAACAACCUAUUAUCCCAGCACACUGAAUAAAUAUGAUUACAGGCCUGAGGCCUCUCCUGGAAGGACCUUUACUAAUAGCUGAUGAUGGACAGAUUUGCCCAAGAACUGGAUUACUUCCUAUAUGAUUUUUAUUUUUAAAAUUGAGUUUAUGGACCAAAUAUUGGCCCAGUCUAUAGAUGUAAAUAUUAUAAGUGGGCCUUUUAUUUUCUCUCUUAUUGGUGGUCUUACUUUCAAGUAGCACAUCUCCUUAAGUGGACCUUCUGCUUAUGGAUAAUGGGUAAUCUGGUCUAGGAUAUUUGAGGAGUCUUCAGCUAGAGAUAGCAGAUACUGGUAUGGAUAUCACAGUGUGAGUUGUUCCUUUGUGUCUGAUACCAAGAUAAUCCUGGAACCAACCCUAAUGUGCUAAAUUUGUGUGGAAUGAUAUGACUACCCAGUACAGUUUCAGAAGUUCUGUGGACAUUGGAAGAGAAAUUCUAGCAAAGCGCUGAGACUUAUUCUUCAUAUGCCUACAGGUUAAUAGUAUUAGGAACAUCAUCCAUCAGAGAGACUUGUGGAACACCAUAUUCAAGAGUUUGGCUUUUAAGCUUCAGGAUCAAUCAGUAUCAUCAGCAUUUUCUGUGACAUGGUGAAAUAUAUGCAACCUUUAAUGGAAAAAGUCCUGUCAGAUUUAUAAAACAAAUAUGAGAUAACUUCACACAAGAGAAAUGUUUUGAAACAUUUCUAAGCAAUGUAGUAAGACUUUAAGUUUGGAUACAUGAAGCAUGGGCUUUGGAUACACAAAAGAUGAUUUAUUCUUCUGGAGAACAUGAAGAGAGUGAAGCAAGAGCCAUGGAAGAUUCUGAUAGAACUACUUCUAGCUUUGAUUCCAGGAGGUUCUUAAGACACUGUUGGACUGAUGGCCCUCUGCCCUUGUUGAAAUUACCAAGCUUUGUGCUAAUGCUGAUUUUAUUUUUUAUAAUUUUUUAUUCACUUGAACAAAGAAAAGAGUAUUGAUUUCAGUUUGUCUCUAAAGAAUGUCUCCAUAGUGUAGCCUAACCCAGAAAGCCUAUGGCAAAGUCCUUUAGUGUCUUCCAGUCAGUACUACUUUAAAAAAAGAAAGAAAUACAAUGUACAUCAGUAGCUGCCAUUGUUCACCAGUGAUGGAGCAAGACAGAAAAUAAUUCUGCUCCAAUUAAAGUAAACUGGGGUCUGUAGCAUUCUGAAACAAUCCAGUCCAGCCUUGAAAGGUUAUCUUGUAUGCUGCGUUAGACCGAUGCAGAAGCCACGUCAUCUUGGGCUAGAUGAGUCUUUUGUUACUGAUACUUUCUCAUCAUCUAAUGUAUAAACUCUUGGUGCUAAGCAGUGGAGAUGGCCGCAAUAUAGAGCAUGCGAUAAGAAUAUAAGCCAGUUCCUACAUGAACUCUUAUCUGUCUGCUGUUGCUGGGUUGACUAUGCUUUAAGCCAUUGGUUUCCAAUUCAGGUUGACUAGUAUUCAACACAUUACGGGCAGCUGCUGGUAGUACCUUUAUAAUAGCUAUUGGAAGAAUUGUCUGAGAGGUGGCACAGUCCAGGCCCUUCAUCCAAGCAAGAAACACAGACUGGUCAGUGGCUCUAAAAUGACUCAGGAGGCUGUUUUAAGUGAGAAAAUGGUCCAGUGCUGAUACCAGCAUCUCAUACUACCUUACCGAAUCAGAAGUCAUAAAACAAGCAUCAGUGCCUAAACUGUGAAAAACCCUGGCUGAGUGCAUGGGGCAGAUUCUAGUGAUUUAGAUAGGAUGUCUGCUAUGGAUCCCUCCAUUUGCUCAUGAUGGAGAGAUUGGGCAGUCAAACUGCUACAGGCUUCUAACCCAAACUAGGCCCUUGUAGGAAGGUAUGUCAAAUUCCUGUGAGAGCAGACUUUGUAAAUUUCACCAGCAGAAGCUGCUGCUUGUGCAGAUCUGUAAUAAUUGGGACACUUGCUAUUAACUAAUUAACCCUUGAGGUCUGUAAGUAAUUGUUGGAUCAAGACCAGAGUAAAGCAUUGUUUCAGAGUUCCAUUUUUUGCAAAGUGUAAUUCAUUUUGCAGGGAAUUAAGUAUUCCUUUUCCUGUUAUUUUGCUUUAUUUUUACUUUUUGCCAUGAUGUAAUCCAAGUGGAUUUUUCAACUACUUUAAAGAGUAGACCUUCGUUCUUCUGACAUAUGUUUUCUUCAGAUACCAGAAAUCAUGGCAUGUUUCAGGGCAGGGAUAUUUUUAGAUACUCUAUUGCAAUUCUUUCUUUCCAGGGACCCAAAAGUGAAGAAUGGUACUCUUUCAAAAGUAGGAACAACUGUUCUUAAAUCAGUUGCAUAUGCUCCUGAAAAAAGGAAAAUGGAGGGAAGCAGGGGCUGAACGGUAAUCAGAGUUAUUACCAUGCAGCACCCUUGUUUCUAAUCCACAGUAAUGCUCCUUAUUGACACUAAUACUCUCCUAUCUCUGAUUCCGUUGUGCUUUAGACACAGGCUGCUGGUGUUCUUGGGAUCAGCCCAUUCCAUUGUGGGGGGAUUGUCUAAAUACUUGCUUUCCUAGGUGCUGACUGUAAUACCGGGACAGAGGGCAUUUCAAGCAUUUUGCCAGCAAGGUUCUCCCUGAAAGGAACAAAGCUCCAGUUCCUCUGACUGACAACUUUUGAUGUGGCAACAGUUCCACGGGUUUUGAGGUGUACUUCAACAUGUGAUGCAUCUCUUGCCACAUGGGAAGAAAAAUCACCCAGAACCUUCCCAUGCCUCCCCGAUCAUUCUUCGGUACUGCCCAGGAAGCUGCUUUGGAAUCUCAGGCAAGUCCUUAAUCAAGUUUAUGCAACACCAGGGAACGAUGUGAAGGGAAAUUAAAUUAAAUUAAAUUAAAUUAAUUAUUUAAUUUAAUUUAAUUAAAUGCAAGCUUCUGGGAAUUGGAUCUUAAUUUUCUUAUGGUCAAGCAUAAAGGAGAUGUUCACAAAGUCUAUUAAAAAACACUAGAAUAUAAGCCAAAUAAAUCAAUGCCUUCCCAUUUCUUACACUUGUUAUUUCAGCCAUCUAUUUCUGUGACUUUAAGUAACAUCUGCAAAAUCUAACCAAGCAGCUGUGAAAACUAGUUAUUAAAACAUGUUAUAACUAGAAGUUAUUUCAAAGAGUUGUACUGAGUCCUAGUGAUAGGCUGAAGGGAGCACCGCAGCCAUUUCAGAUUUUUAGAAGUGAGAUUUGAAAGUUUUCAGUAAUUCUGAUCUUUACUUAAUAGUUUGUUUCCUUCAUUAUCUUUAGAGAGGAUUGGAAGAGGGAGUGAAUUUUCAUAUUUGGAUAGGACAGUCUAUUAACACCUUUGUAUUUUCAUAAUUAACUUCUGUGAUCUUUCGGGUGUGAGAAAUUAUUGCUAUAUGUGUUUCAUUAUGGAUCAUUAUCUUAUUACAUUAGCUUUUAAUAGGUAAGGUAAGGUUUCAGAGAUUUGGCAAUUUGCUAUUACCCACUCUGGUUCAGCAAUUCCUUACAGGCAGCUAUAGAAACUUUCUUCCCAGAAGAGCUAAUUCAUUUAAAUGGAAUUAACAGCUCCUGAUGCUGCCAUUCUUUCAAGGAAGCCAUAUUUACAGGAGGCUGUGAGUGCACAUCUUGGAAAACAUUCCAGGUUCUGAAUUAGAGCCAACGGGUCCAGUGGGUCAGAGAAGGAAGAGCUGGUCAGCCUAUUACACGAUUGUCCUUCAACAGUCUCUCUGUGUUCCUGUGGUUUUCUUCAGUGUUGUCUUCUUCCAUCAUGAUAGGAAUACAGAGCAUGUUUACACUGAUAAAGCAACAAAGCUUCAUCACAGUUUUAUGCCAACCAUGUACUACUCUGCUGUCUGUCUCUGCCAGGGAACCAAAAUGCAAUGUGGGUCAUUUGUGCUGUGUCUUCUCUAACUCAAGGAAGUACGGUCUCCUUUGCUGAACUGUUGCUGCACCACUCUGAACUGCCCACUGGUCUAGAGACUGCAUGUUUCAGAGGUAGAUCCUGAACUGACUGUGGGGAGUUCAUUCGAAGCAUAUUGUUCUUAAGUAAGAUGCCUACUCUCACGUGAUUUGAAAAAAAACUCGGAGAAGGACAUGUCAUUCCAAGGGAGAACAUGUAUUUCCAUGACUCACCCACAUCUGAGAUACACAUGUAUACCUAUUGCCUUAUUAUUUUUUUUAGAGAAUGAUGCAUUAAAUUAAGAUCUAUAUAAGAAGCGGGAAUGAUUUGAGUCCUUUUCAAAGCAUAAUUUAGGACUGUAAUUUCCUAGCAUUAUGAAAUCUAUUGUGACAAAAAGAUCAUUCAGAGUUUAAUCUGUGUAAUCAUUACUCACACUGAAUGUGAAAUUUUCUUACCCAUGCAAACUAUAAACGCCAUGAAAUCCUCUUAUUCAAACACUGGUAAAUAUAUUGUUAUAUAUUUAUAACAGAAAUGUUAUAUAUUUACUGCUGAAUGUCUAAAAAUAAAUUUAGAAUAAAACAAAAAAGAAAAAACAGAAAAUGGCAGCACUAGGCUUUCCUGAUAGAGUUAAAGGAAAACCCUUCCCAAAGAGAGCAGCAGAUUUUAACAAGAACUUGAUUUUUCACAGAUCAAUGAUUUUUUUCAUUGUUUAAUGGAAAUUGAGAAGUUGACUUUUUAACUAGAAAUGUUCAUCUUCCCCAACCCACAAAAAAUCCAUUCCUGUUCAGAAUGGCAAAGUAAACAAUGUUUGUAUUUGCUCAUACUUUAUGAAUAAACAGCCCAAAUUGACUUAGUACAUUGUUGCUAUUGUCUUAAUUAUCAGUAAAUAGAUGUGAAGCAAGAACUAAAAAGUAAACCGUUCAAGCUUAUUUUCAAUUUUGUUUUUGUUGUUGCAGACAGCUAUGAAGCUUUGCACUCUCACUUUGCAUGCAAAGAUGACACAGAAGAGUCAAGUCAUUACAACGUGACAUUAGUUGGGUGACCGCUGUAGUUUCUUUGGAGGCACUUUAGGUUUGCUGUUCAGAACUACCCAGAUGCAGCCAUUGAAUCCUGCCUGUUAGGAGAUGUUUCCUUGUUAUGUGGUUUGAUUUAUAUUUGAAAAUGGCUGGGGUAUGUUGGUGCAGCGAGAGCCAGUGUGGUGUAGUGGUUCGGGCACCAGGCUGGAAACUGGGAGAUGGUGAG